AUGGCAGAUUUACAGAAUAUUUGGAAUAAUGCUCCAUCUCGCCUUGAUAGGGCCAGCCUCGUCAUGCGCAGCCCGAGACUCUUUACAAGAUGCUACCAGACGUCUACGCCUCCGUUCUCGCGGGAAGACGUCAACGUGCAGCCUGUUUACCGACACGCGCCCGUCUGCUUCCAAUUCCCUAGUAUGGUCCCCGUGUCUGUCUCGCUGGCAGGCCCUAUUACGAGUCUGCGGCCCGGGCAUUCUGCAUUUUUGAUCUGGACGAGCUCGAAGCUACCCAAGUCUUGUGUGUUCUACUCCAACCUCGGAACCACGCCCCUUUGUUUGCGCUUUGCGAAUCACCGUGUAACAGCUACCCGGUAUGGACUCGAUAUUUUCAUCAUUCGUAUAAAUAGCAUGAAUAAGGAGAGGAGCCGGCGCGUCACCAUCAUCGGCCUUGGGUAUCUCGCUCAGGGUGGUUGGAAGGUUCGAAGAAUUCACAGGCAAAUAGUGCGGAUUUACUUGUACCAUCGUGAAGGGCGACGGUUGCAGACGCCCGCGCCGGCACUCUUCGACCCAGACUCGCCCACUCGAUAG